ACCUCCAAUGGCUGUCGGUGCGGUGAUGCACAUGUCUUCGAGCUGAAUAACUUUCACUCCGGGGCACAUAGGGGGGACUCACAGGCAAAAUGUCUCGCCACAGAAAUGUUCGAGGUUACAACUACGACGAAGACUUUGAAGAUGAUGACAUGUAUGGACAGUCUGUGGAGGAUGACUACUGCAUUUCACCAGCAACAGCCAAUCAGUUCAUCUAUUCACGCCGAGAGCUUCACGCACCCAAAGAGGAGCCUCUGGAGGAGGAAGAAUAUGAAGAUAAGGAUGUUCCCAUGUCCCCUUGUGUUGACUUCAACCUUGACCCUCUUAAUCAAGCAAAGCUGUUCUCCUGUCUGGACCACAUGCGAGCAGUACUAGGAGACACAGUGCCAGACUCCGUCCUGACCCAGGCUGCAAUGAAACACAGAUUUGAUCCACAGAGGGCUCUGGAUGCAGUGCUGUCUGAAGACAGUAAAACAGCACCAGUUACCAGAAGUGCAGCAGAAGACAUGCCGUCAGUGGGCCGAGUUGCACAAGAGCAGACGCCUCUUCCACAGAGAACCAAGCAGGAGGCCGUUGCUGAGAAAGCAAAAAGCAGAGAUGCGGCUCCUGAUAAACUGGACUCCGAAGUGGUUCCCAAAGUGGCCAGGAUGACCGUCUCUGGCAAGAAGCAGACUAUGGGCUUCGAUGUUCCCAGCUCAGGGGAAAACGGCGUUGUCGCCAGCCCAGCACGGCGAGGUGACAGCCCUGAAAACACCAAGGCGACUCCAGUUGCUGAGCCUGCACCCAAACGACCCGAGACCCCAUCCAAAGCAUCCAAUGGAGACGAGGUCUCCGCCGCUGCUACACCAGGACGCUCCUCUGGAAAGACGCGACAGGCGAUCAACAUCAAGGCAGAGCUGGAGAGGAGACAAGGGGGCAAACCUCUGUUAAAUUUAGUAGUUAUAGGUCAUGUGGAUGCAGGUAAGAGCACCCUAAUGGGCCACUUGCUUUAUCUGCUGGGGAACGUCAACAAGCGCACCAUGCACAAGUAUGAACAGGAGUCGAAAAAGGCCGGAAAGGCCUCCUUUGCCUACGCCUGGGUUCUGGAUGAAACCGGCGAGGAGAGGGACAGAGGGGUGACAAUGGAUGUGGGCAUGACGAAGUUUGAGACAAACUCUAAGGUGGUGACUCUAAUGGACGCUCCGGGACACAAAGACUUCAUUCCCAACAUGAUCACAGGCGCUGCACAGGCUGAUGUUGCGGUGCUCGUGGUGGACGCCAGCAGAGGAGAGUUCGAGGCAGGCUUUGAAGCCGGGGGUCAGACCAGAGAGCACGCCCUGCUGGUGCGUUCGCUGGGUGUCACUCAGCUGGCUGUAGCUGUAAACAAGAUGGACCAGGUAAACUGGCAAGAGGAGCGUUUCAGAGAAAUCAGCUCAAAACUUGGCCAUUUUCUAAAGCAGGCAGGAUUCAAGGAGUCCGAUGUUUUCUUCAUCCCCACCAGUGGCCUCUCAGGAGAAAAUCUCACUGCCAGAAGCACAGUAUCAGAGCUGACAUCUUGGUACAGCGGACACAGCCUGCUGGAGCAGAUUGAUGCAUUCAAAGCCCCUCAGCGGUCAAUAGACAAACCUUUCAGACUGUGCGUCUCAGAUGUGUUCAAAGAUCAGGGCUCAGGCUUCUGUGUUACAGGGAAGAUUGAGGCUGGUUUUAUUCAGACAGGAGACAAAAUGCUGGCAAUGCCUCCCAAUGAAACCUGCACAGUUAAAGGAAUCACUCUUCACGACGAGGCGCUGGACUGGGCUGUAGCCGGAGACCACGUCAGCCUCACAGUCACUGGAAUGGACAUCAUCAAGAUUAAUGUCGGCUGUGUGUUCUGUGAUCCCAAAGAGCCGAUUCGAGUCUGUACUCGAUUCAGAGCCAGAAUCCUGCUCUUCAAUAUCGAGGUUCCCAUCACACAAGGCUUUCCAGUACUGUUGCAUUACCAGACAGUCAGCGAGCCGGCCACUAUUAGGAAACUGAUCAGCGUUCUGCACAAGAGCAGUGGUGAAAUCCUAAAGAAAAAGCCAAAGUGUUUGAGUAAGGGUAUGAAUGCAGUUGUGGAGAUUCAGACCCAGAGGCCGGUGUCAUUAGAGCUGUACAAGGACUAUAAAGAACUGGGCCGCUUCAUGUUGAGAUACGUUGGCUCCACCAUCGCUGCAGGUGUCGUCACAGAGAUCAAAGAAUGAAGGUCAUUUCCACGAACAAAGAGCCAUUCAGAUCGUGCUUGGCAGCAUUCCUGCAGCCACAAACUCUGAGCAGUUCUUCCAAGAGAUGCCACUCACUGAGUUAGAGUACCGUUUUUAUCCAUCCUGUUCUCCCAUGACGCUGCGGCGGCUGCUUGACCUGACCAUCACGAUCAAUACUAAGUUCACCCAGCAAGCAUCUUUCUAAUAAAGUUAAUACAGUAAUACGUAAUCAGACCAAUUCUACUUGAGGUAUUCACACUAAAGGAGCUGCAGCUGAUGUGGUCUACUUCUUGAACAAGUCCAAAAGUAUCUCUCUGUAUUUGAAUAUAAUUCAGUUCACAGCACCUAUUUUUUUAGGCUUUUCUAUUCAAAAAUUAAUAUCAAGGUUCAAAAAUACAUGAGCUUGGAAACGAUGGAAAAAAAAACAGUGUCUUAUGCUUAAAUAUGUUUUCAUAUUAAGUUUUCUCAGGAGGGUGCGGGUGGUGAACAGCAUUUGAAUGAUUUUUAGUUUAAACAAAAAAGGGUUAUGUAAAAGACGAAGACACAAGAUAAUUCAAAUGCUUCUUUAAAUGAACAGUAAGGCAUCAACUAAAGGGCUUUUUGUUUUACUUUUUACCUCAUCUGGAUGUUAAAUUAUUUUAGUUGAAAACGAUGUGAAAUGAGCUCUGCAUCAGCUGCUUAUGGAUAAUGUUUUGAUUUAAAGACUGAAUCUACUAUAAAAUGGCAACAGAAUAAUGGCAUCAAAGGUUUGCUGACACAAACAAAAAGGUAUAAAAAUCAGUUUCAGACUCAUUUGGGUAAAUAUGUGCAGCACUUGGAAAUAUGCUGGGUUUACUGCUUGCCUUCCUUCACUGAACUGGAAACCAGCAUAAAAACAUGUCAAAGCUACCACUAACAACAUCCAGAAAAUUCAACAGGCUAUGUAUUUCCAGGGUAAAUAAAUUUCAACAUGUCUAAUUUUU